AUGUUAUCUAAAAAUUUACUGCAAAAAAGACAAAGAACGGCUGUUAGUGAACAUUUAAAACAAAAAAUAUGUGAAUAUAGUCAAAAUAAUCCUAAUCAAAAACAAAUAGAUAUAGCGAACUAUUUUAAUUCUCAAGAUCCCAAUUUAAAAUUAGAUCGGUCUACGGUUUCUAAAAUAUUAAAAAAUAAAUCAAAAUGGUUAAUGGUUACUGAAAACCAAUUAAAUUCUACCGUAUUUCGAUAUAAACAAGUGAAAUAUCCUCUAUUGGAUCAAUCAAUGAGAAUCUGGGUCAAACAAGUUACUAAUAGUGAAAUGUUUUUAACUGAACUAAUGAUUAAAGAACAGGCAGCAGAUUUUGCAAAAGCCUUAAACCUGGAAGCUAAUAGUGCGCCACUAUCUUCGCUUCUGGAAUAUCGAGAAAAAUUGCGUGAAUUGAUUGAAAACUAUAUGUUGGAUAAUGUGUUUAACGCAGAUGAAACAGAGCUUUUUUUUCGUAUAGCAUCAGACUAA